UUCAGUCCUGAGCUGUACAAUUUCAUACAAAUACACAGCAUUGGCUAGACAGAGGCUGCUUUCUGCCAAAACGCACGUUGGGGAUAGACAUUGAUAAAAAAGAAGGGGAAGAAGAGUCCAGCUCAUCCCUCACACACCAGGCUCAAGCAGGAUCUGCACAAUGAAGACGAGAUUAGGCUGCCUGUCCAAAAAGUCAGACUCCUACAGUGACUUCUCUGAGUUUCUGCCACCUGCUCAUGAGACCACGGCCAGGUGUCUGAAGUUAUCAACGGAUGAGGUUGUUCGAUGGUCUGAGUCAUUUGAUCACCUUCUCUCUCAUAAAUACGGCCUGGCUGCAUUCCGAACAUUUCUAAAGUCAGAGUUCAGUGAUGAAAAUAUUGAGUUUUGGAUGGCCUGUGAGGAGUAUAAAAAGAUCAAGAGCUCAACCAAGCUUGUGUCAAAAGCAAACAAGAUAUUCAAAGAGUUCAUCGAGGUUCAGUCACCAAGAGAGGUAAACAUUGACUACCGCACCAGGGAGAAGACCAAGCAAUGCCUGGCAGAUCCCUCUCCGACGAGCCUCAGUGAGGUCCAAGGUAAAAUCUACAGCCUCAUGGAGAAAGACUCCUACCCACGAUUUCUCAGGUCAAAGAUGUACCAGGAUAUCGUCAACAGGGCACAUGCACAAGGCCAGCGGAGGUCUGUUUGACUGAAUUCAAAGACCACAGUGGACAUUAAAGUGGACCUGUACACUGUAGCUCAGUCAUUAACCCUUUGGCAUGAACUUGUAAUACUGUGACUCAGCGAGAAUGGGGUAACCUGGUGACUGUUUCCUUUGUCUGCACCAGCUUCAUGCAUGCAAUCCCUUUAGAUAAGACGUCUCUGUGGACUGCACUGUAAAUUGAGCAGAUUACUGAGUGGUGUCUAAAAACAAAUAAAGUAACCACUUCAUGCAGUAAUGAUAUUUAUCACAACAUAUGUAAUUUCUAUUGAUAUCUUAAAGACAUUAAGGAUAGUUACAUACACCCAUAUGAGCUCCAGACAGUGGAAGAACAAAUAACUAUUUUUUUUGUUGCUGUUGUUUUUGGUAUUGAAUGUUCAGGAGUUGGUUCAACAACAAAUUCACUAACAACUUUGGGAAAAGAUCGGAGUCUGGGUUAAAAUCAUAAAAAGUAUGAGUAUAUGAACUAUGUAUUAGUGCGCUUACAUGUAUCACACUGUGUGAACUUUACUUAUACACUAAGAAGGGCAAUUUUUUUUUCUUAAUUUGAACACAUCAAGUACUGCACCUACAGGAAAUAACAAUCAAAACAAGUGACAACAAUUAUUUUGCCUCCGACCACACAUUUCAUAUCACUGUGAGGAAAAGAAUUAAUCAUUGAUAAAGGCCAAACAGUGCUACAACACGUAUAGCCAAUCAGUGCCUGAUAAAAAUCUGCUGGUGUCGUUUGCUAGAUAACAUUAGCAUCACUGUUGGCACUAUAAACAUAUGUUCUUUCUACUGGCGGUGGUUCCUCCUCUUACUGUUUGGAGUCAGUAGAGAAUGUGAAAGUUGUAUGUUAAGGAGAGGAGUGCCAUUGGAUGGAGCAGUCUUUUAUAAAAGUAUUUUUGUUAUUACUACCUGGUUAGCUUUUAUGUAGAAUUUGGAUAAUAGCUACAGUAAAAUGUGGUGGAAAAGGUAACAGAAUGAGAUGAAAAAGGAGAGAAAGAGAUGGGAUCUCACUCUGAGAAACUCAGAUCUGCUGUUAAUAAACCAGAUAAACAGAGGUCCAUACUUUGGACUGGAUUACUGACCAUCAAGUACUACUGUACUUCUGCCCAGAUUCUCACACAUUGCACCCCAUGUUAUGUUUGUGAACUGAGGAGAUGCAAAUUGUGUGGCUAGCUGUAAGAUCUGCCUUUUAGAAAGACAGUAUUGAGUUGAACUGGAUACCCAGCAAAAAUCUAAGCAAAUUCUUAAGCAUGUGCCAGUGUGUGCAAUUUAUUGAGUUAAGGUUUGACAGUGGCUUUUCUCAGUCACUAGAUUUACAGUAAAUACUUAUUACUACCAUGGCAUUUACUAAAAACAUGUUGCAAUGUUUUUAAUUCAGCAAUUUCUAAGAGGUAAAGAGGUAAUUGAGUCCAGAUUUUUUGCCUCCACAUGCACAAAUAACUCGAUCAUGAAGGCUAUGGCAGUAUAAAAGAUCUCUGUCUUGGUGCAUGAGGGAUCUUUACAAUAAUGGAGUUGAAAACAUACCUACUUUCCCAAAAAUAAUAAAGCAUGAAAUCAAAUUCAUUUUCUCCAUUUGACUACAAUUGUAAAUGAGAAAUGCAUUUGUUUUCUAUACCAUUAGUCCAAUGUUCUUGAGUUGUCAUGUGAAAAUCAUAUAUCACCCAGUUAUCCAGGGUGCACUUUAUGUUGCCCUACUUUUCAGACUACGCCCACUUCUGCACUCAAAAUGACCAAAGUGUGGAAGCAUGCAGCAAUUAUUUAGAUUUGAGACACAUCAGUGGUUAUUGUUAGAGAUAUGUCAAAGUUAUCCCUUUAAAAGGAACAAUGAUAUUCAUAUUUUCAUUCUGUUUUUGCUUAGUGGUUAUAUGCCAUGCCCCUUUCUCCUUUUGCUCACAUCCCAUUACUAUGGCAACUAGGAGAGCUGUCACAGUGAAAUGUACACUAGGUAACUGUGGGUCAAACACAAACUGAUUUCACACAUGAUUGGGUUAAUGGGAAAACAAUCUCAUAACAGCAGAUGGUUGGGAUGUUUUGGGUCAGAUUUAAGAUUAAAAAUAAAGAAAAAUCUAAAGCAGGAUUUUAAAUAAUAUUUUUGUCAACAGUUUCACUUUUAAACUUGCAUUUUCCUUUACUCUGCAUUGUAUAUACAUCCAUACUGUAACGGAGGGGGAUUGAUUUUCUCUGCAUAAUUUAGUCCUUUUUUCCAUUUAAAUUUGCCACAUUUAUUUUGUGCUUUGCAGUUUUGUUAAUUAUUUAAGAAAAAUGUGUGUUGAAAUAAAUAUAUUUAUUACUUUAUUGUUCAGUCCUGCAGCUAUCUAACUUCAUGUGAACUAGACACUCUUGUAUGGAAGUGACUGUUGUGGUAGUUUGUGUGACUACAACAGAAACAAAGUGAGUGACCACUUCAUGUCUGAUGUUGUGCCAAAAUAAUAUUUUUCAGUUCAAUACUGACAUUGCAUAAUUGUGUGUGUUGUAAAUUAUUGCAGGUAUUCUUUGUGAUAUUAAAUGUGGCAAGUUUUGGUUCAUUUUAUAUUUUCAGUUUUGCUAAGGUCAAGUUUUAAGAUUCAGUCUCUUUGCUCCACUUGUUGCAUGUGGUUCAGACACUGCAUCCUAUCAGAUCAACAAUUCAAGACCAAAAUUCUGUAGCACUUUGUCAUACACCACUUCAUUAAUAAAUUUAUGUUUAUUCAAACUACAAUCAUUUCAUUUCAUGUAGUUGAUUUUCUUUGCACUAACCAGCACUGGCCUAAAAAAAAAACCUGACACAAUGAAUCAUUCUUGGAAAGUUUGGAACUGCUGGCUGGAAAAUGAGAAUACCUUUAAACCAAAUGGAAAAUACAGGCGAUUCCAUAACUAAAUUCAUCAAAUGUGUUUUGUAAUCAGCGGCCAGAAGUUAAUAAGAAACACUGGAACCCAAAAUAUGCUUAUUAGUGCACUGAAAGACUCAACACAAACUCCAGACUUUGUUCCAGGUUGGGAAGAAUCAAAUAAAUGUAAUAGAAAAGGACCAGUUCAAGUUUCCUCAAAUCAAUUUCUCCAUUAAAUGAUUUCAACUUGUAUAGUGUGUUAUAUAAGUGACUGCAAAGAAUGACAUCAGCAUUUUUACUUUAGUUAAUUGAAACAUAUUUCUUUAUUGCAUGUGCACCAUAUUAGCCAAACCUGUUUAAACACAACUUAUUAUAAGUGGUAUGUUAAUGUGUUCCAUAUGAAUGUAACCUUGCCAAUACAUUUUGUGAUUAAAAUGAAUCUGCAUCUA